AUGCCAGUGGACCAUGAGGAGCUCGAUGCCGAGAUCUCUAUUGAGUUCUCAGUCGAACGAACCUUCGACACGCCCGAGCUUCAGACAUCCUCUCGCGCGAGCAGGAAGCGGGCGCCUGCAGAGGGGUUCGUGCAGGCCGCCUCGCUCCUCUGCGUUUCAAAGCCCGCAUCGCCUGUCUACAGGGUAUUCCUGGGGCUAUCAAAUGGUCGGUAAUACGAAGGAAAUGAAAAUCUUCCCAAGUUUGGCCACCAAUCAAAUAUCGCGACGUUGCUGUGCUGCAUGCUGCAGGGAAGAUUCUGUCUUACCAGUGCAAAAGGGACACCGAUGGCCCGGGAGAGACGGCAGGGAAUGGGCAGCUGGUCCGCAGCGAGCCCGUCAUCCACGAGGGCCACAGCGGCCCCGUGCGGUGUCUCAUCUUCCUGGAGCGGCUCAACAGCGACUUCGACCUCCCACGGAUCACUGACGACCAUGAAGACGACGAGCUGGCCGGCAUGUCUCGGGGCGGCCACAAUGGCAACCCUUUGGACGUGUCGCCGUCCGUCGCGGCGCAGAGGAGCGAUAAGGGAGGGUUUCUCUUGUCGGGGGGCUCUGACAGGGUGAUCAAGGUGUGGGAGCUGUCCUACCACGACGAUCCGGUCGGCAGGGGGGCCGCGCGGUGCCUGCAGACGCUCUACGGCCAUGGGGGGUCGGUUCUUGCCAUGGCGAGCUCGGUGUUUGGGGGGGAGGCGAUCGUGGCCUCGUGCUCCACCGACCAGCACAUUAUGCUGUGGAAGAUGGACCCCGAUAAGCGUGUGUUGCGGUUCCCACCCUUUCGCUGCUUCCAGAAGAUACACGCGUCCAUCCGGCCGCCUGUGCCAGACCAGCAAGCCGACGAAGAUCCCAAGAGGACGUCGGAAAAAACGGAGAAGGACCGCCCACCACCACCGCCUCGUGCUGACGACGCCGGCUGGUUCACGGCCCUCACCUUCCGUGACGGCGGCGACACGUUGAGUCUCCUCGCCAGCGACACAUCAGGGUGCGUGACACAUUUCGCCUACUCGUUGCCUUAUGAGCCGGCCAAAGAGCCGGCCAGGAGGGCAUCAGGAGCAUCAUCUGAGAGACGGGGUGGCGAUGGGCAGAGAAGGGGGAAGCGGGGGUCGAUGGAGAGCAUUGCUGGCGACAUGAUGGUCGGCGGCGGGUCUUUCGAGUGCGUCAGGCGGGUGGCUUUCCACCACCGGGCGAUCGUGGGGCUGCUAUGCUUGCCUGGCGAGCAGCGGAUCGUGACCCAUGGUUACGAUCAGAAAGUCAGGAUCUCCCACCCGGACACACACGAGUGCUUCCUCGACGACACCCACCCCUCUGCGGCCAUUUUCACUUGUGCGGCGUGGCACGGCACCUACCAGGAGCUGAUGCUCGCCGACUCGCAGGGCCACAUCUCCAUCUACAACCUUCGAUCAGACGAGAAAGUGACCUAUGAGCCGCUGCCGCUGGCAUGGGGUGGCCAGGACGGAUCGACGUCGUCGUCGUCGUCUGCUGCUGCUGCUGCUGCUGCUGCUGAGAGAGACAAGGAUGGCGGAGGGGGGAAAGACGGGAGCGGCAAGGAGAAGCCGGAUGCGAAGCUGGUGGCUACCGACGGCCAGAGGCGUGUGUGGGCCAUGAUUGCACUGCCGACCAUGGAAGACUGGAAGUAGGUACAUACAUAUUACCCGUCCACCCACCGCACACACGGACACAGUUGCAUGAUGAGAGACAUCUCCUGUGUCUGUCUGUGUCUCGCUCCCUCACUUGCAGCCAGGGAUUAGACCCCUCCUCAAUGCCCUUUAUCCCCCCAGCCACCACCACCACCGAGGAGCAGCAGGAUCAGGCCAACGACCAGCAGGCAGCAGCAGCAUCAUCAUCAGGUGUCCCUGCAGACGAUGCCACGGCAAGUGUUGAGGAGAGCGCCAUUUAUGACGGGCUGAACAAGCCGCGCCAUGUGGUGGUGCUGACCGGCUGGGAGGCCGUCCAGCUGCGCCUGGUGCCGAGGGCGGCGUGCCCGUCCAUCAAAGGACACUCAGGUGCGAAGCGGACGAAGGAACGAAGACGGCUCUCUCUCUCUCUCUCCUGACUCUCCUGACUUCGAGCAUGAGCGUGUGUUGGUAUGUAUCUUCGUUCAGGAGCUGUGGUUCGCGCAUUUUACCGACCGCUGGGUUGUGGCGAGCGUGCGUCGGAAAGGGAGAAGAACCCCCUGGGCGUGAGCGGCCACCUCUACUCGGCCAGCAGCGAUAACACCAUCAAAUGGUACGUGCGCCGUAAGUAAAGUCAGGCAGGUCUUGCAAAGAAGAGAUUUGGCUGCUGAGCUUGAUAUAUGUGUGUGUUGCACUGCACAUAUGAAGCAGCUGGGACGUCGAGAAUCAGCUGUGUUUGCGAACAUUCAGGACAUUCCGCUCAGAAAUUACAGAGUACACACACAUUCCUUCCUCCUUUGCAAACAAAAUGAUCGGUUCAUCUCUCUAGGUAGCUACGGUCUGUGUUGUGUGCCUGCCCUGCAGGUUUCUGUUCCUCCCAUCGACGGAGAUGUUCCUCACCGGCCACGAGAGCGGCGACAUCAAGAUGUGGAACGUCGACGACAUGCAGUCCGUCACACUCAAAACACCUAAGGGCCAGCGACCCCACAAGAACACCAUCUCAUCAAUGGCCCUACUCGUCACAUCACCCUCUGCGAAGAAAGAACCUACGCCCACACCCACACCCACAGCAGCAGCAGCAGCAGCAGCAGGAGGGCCGGCCACCUACCGCUCGGCAGAGAGCCUCGAGAGUGACGAAAAUGGCGGUGGUGACGGCGACGCUGCGUCGAGUGUGUCGUCUUUGCCUGUGGAUGGGGCGGCCAGGAUGCGGGAGGGGGAAGGUAGUGGUGGUGAUGGUGUGAGGUCUCGGGACAGGAUGGAUGCGGUGGUUGUGGGGUCGUUCGACUGCUAUGUGUCGCUGUGGAAGAUCGUCGAUGAGGGAGACACCAUCACGGCUAGAAUGGAGGCAAGUCACGUACAGGGAGGGACACACAGAGAAGGCUAGGCUCACCCAUUCGCUCAUAUCUCUUGGUGUCUGUCGCACAGCGGUCGUUCCGUGCCCACCCGACGGAUGACGACGAGCUCUUGUGUCUGUGCGUGUCGUCGUGCCACCCCACAGCCCCUCCCUCGCCCACCUCUCCCUCCCAGGUUGCACGCAACCUCACCCACCGCAGCACCACCAGCAACCUCAGCCACAGACUCACCGGACACGGACACCACACAGACCGACAUAGCCCUUCUACAGUCGUUUUGACCGGUGGGUGGGUCACCGGUGAGGGGAAUCAGUGCACUCACUGCAGGGGUCCGGUGAAUGAUGUGUGUGUCCUUAAUGUGUGUUAUGUAGGUGGGAACAAGGGCGUGAUAUACUGCUGGAUGUUGCCCAAGGCAAACCAGCCCGAGAGGCUCCUUUUCCAGCUGGCAGGACACCAGGUAGGUACGGUACAGCACGGGGAAGUCAAUGAAUAGCUUCUUGAAACGGACGCAGACAGACGCGACAUUUCCCUGUUUGCCUUCGUGUGUCUUGUCACUCGACUGACUCACUCGCAGGAUGCGGUGACCAGCCUCAUAGAGGUGUCGGGCCGGCUCUUCUCUGGUACGCAGACAGACAGACAGACAGACAGACGCCCACAGAAUCACACACAUUCGCCGCCCCAUCCACAAGAGAGCACAGGAUCUCGCUCGCUCCCUCCUGCUUGCCACUUUAUUUAUUCUGUCCACCAGGUUCAGAGGACGGCACCGUCCGCAUCUGGCUGCUGACCUCCUCCAGCACACAAGGGGCUCGCGAGAGCGCCCCGGAGGCCCUUGGCCAGGUCCGGGUGCCCGUCUCGCUCAGCCCGCCCCCGGCCGCCAAACGCCUCCCGUCGCGACUGCUCGAACACGUCAAGACGCCUUCACACGGCGACUCGUCGAGAACGGCGCAUCAGGCUGCUCGGCCCAAUGUGACCAUGACACGGCGGAACACUGACAAGGGGCGGGCUGGUGAUGAGGAACACCACAUGGGAGAGCCGCAUCGGACGGGAGGUUUCGGGAUUGUGGAGCAGUUCGUUGCCGUGUGGAUGUGGGCACAUCCUCUGAAGAAAGGCUCAGAGCCUCAGGCAGGGACAGAUCAGAAGGACCAGCCUGGUCGCUGGGUGGUAUUCAGCUGCAGCCGCAACGGUGAGAUCAUCGGCUGGGACGUCCUCACCCUGCGCAUCGUCUGGUGGACCCGGUUUGACGACACCGAGAUCCGCUCGGUCGCAUACGCCGCCCCCUGGCGCACUCUGUGGCUGGGCAAGGAGGACGGCGGCAUUUUUUUCUGCACCCUCCCGCCCACCCUGGCCUUCCCACUGCAGAAGGAGCGACAUGCCGCCUUCUUGGAGAGCGGCGGGCGUCCCAUGGACAUCGACCAUGAGAUUGUGGGCCUCCCCGAGUGGCACAGGCGGCCCCUUGAUGAUGUUGUGGAGAUGGACAAGGAGCAGGAUGUUGGCCGUUGGGUGGUGGUGGGGCCUCUGCCGCCUGAGCGGAGGAAGAGGCGGCGGCGGAAACGGUCGUCCUUUGUCGGUGGAGGUGGGUGA